AUGGAUGAGGCUAUUGAUGUAGAAAAUAUUGAGACAAUUUUGGUGGAUAUGGACACCGCCGCCAUUAUUUCACCCCCUGUAAACCUGAUCAAAGUAGCUUUAGAUUCCUCUGAGCGUUCGUCUCCGAUAGAUGACAUAGAAUUUCUGAAAGAUUUUAUAUCUGACAAUGAUGAGUAUUAUAAAGAUGAUGUUAGUUUCGCGGACAGGUUUCUGGAUGACGAGUCAUUGGAAUUGAGCGAGUAUUUGAGCCAAAAUAAUGGAACUUUAAAUAGAAACAAAGAUGGUCGAGUGGUAAGCGACCUUGAACUUUUAAAUCGACAGCAACAACAAAUACACUCAGUUGAGCAAAUACAAAAUAUCACUGGUCGAUAUGAUCCUUCUAUGUCCAAGAAUGCCAUUGCAGCCAGGGAAAAUAGACUGAAGAAAAAACAAUAUCUUGCUCAUUUGGAAAAAACUGUCAAAAAACUAUCUGUGGAAAAUAAAAGCUUAAAGACUGCUGAGUUGUUGAAGGAUGGUGAAAUCAGCAAACUAAAAACAGAGGUGAAAUAUUUAAGCAAUGUGUUAGCUAACCAAUCAACACUAUCAUCAUUGAUUCAAAAUAUUAAGAAAACACCUGGUGUUAAAUUUAAAUACCCCAUUGAUGAAAAUUUAUUGGUCUCCAAUGAAGACAGGAUGAAAACCAUCAUAAAUACUGGAGAUAAGAAUAAUAAUUCCAAAGAUGUUGUUCUGAAAGGUGUUUUGAAACGGAAAAGUUCAAAUGAAAGUGAAUCAGAUUUAAUAGACUUGCCAUGUAAAAGUAGAAGAUUCACUCGUUCAGUAAGCAGUAACCAUGCCAUGGAAAACUGUGAAGGAGAAGAUAACUCUUUAUCUGUUCAUAACAGUUCUAGUGAACAUCAGAACAUAGAACCAUCUGGUGGAAUUUGUUUACAUGUUUCUGGUCAAGAAGUGUCGUUAGAAUUUUGUGCUCAAUGUAAUCUUAAAUCAUGUUCCAAAUUUGUCUCAACUGAUCAUUCUUAUGUUCAGUUAUCCAGGCCAAAUAAAUAA